AUGUCGAGUCUAGGCCGGAGUCCGCGCGACUCGCCCAUCCGCAACUUUGGGCGCACGCCGCCGAGUGCGAGUGCCCGAGGCUCGAGAGCUAGGAGCUCCGAGCCAACGCUGCCCUCCACCCCUUCUCCGAUCAACACACACACGAACGGUAACGGACUUGGACACGGCCGACCGUCCACUGGCGCCGGCGGCCAGGAGCAGGUGCGGUACACGAGUCUCUCGAGCCUGAUGUCGCCCACGAGCCGGAGCAACGGUAACGGGUGGAUGGCGCGGGAGCCCGAGUCGCCGUCUGCGCGCCGCUUCAAUGGAUCCAGCUCGUCGCCGCACACGUCCCAGGCGCCGCAUUUCGGGGAUAGCGGCAUGUCGCGUAUCGCGCCGCCGCCGAAGGAGGCACCGCGGCUGAGUACAUUGCAGCUCAUUGCGCUCACUGUGUCCAUGGGCGGAAGCCAGCUCGGAUACGGAACGCCAUACCUCCUCGGCCUUGGGCUGAGCGAGGAACUGACGUCCCUCGUCUGGCUCGCGGGCCCCAUCUCGGGUCUCGUCGUGCAGCCCCUCAUUGGCGCCAUUUCGGACUCGUCCACGAGCAGAUACAGGCGUCGCUACUGGGUUGUCAUGAGCACGGGGCUACUUGUUAUCAGCGGCAUUGGACUCGCGUUCACGCAACCUGUUGCCAAGGCUAUCGUCGAUAUCAUUGGUGGUGGCCAGGGCGACUGGGACCCGAACACGCAGAAGAUGAAGGUCGCGAUCCUGAUUGCUGUGUUCUGCUUCUACUGCCUCGACUUUGCUCUGAACGGCUUGCAAGCAGCCCUGCGCUGCCUUGUCUUCGACGUGACGCCGAGCGAGCAGAUCAACUCGGCCAACGCCUGGAACGGACGCUUCAACCAUAUCGGCAACAUUGUGGGAUUCACUCUCGGCUUCCUGAAUCUGAACAAGGUGCCCGUCCUUCGUCUCCUGGGCGGGGACCAGUUCCGGAAACUCUGCGUCGUCGCCCUCGUCAUCCUCAUCGUGACGGUGUGGAUCACAUGCGCCACGUUUGAGGAGAGCGAGCGGCCGCAGCUCUUCGGCCGCCGGUCCAAGUUCCGCGAUAUGAUCAACACUAUCCACGAGGCGGUCCUCAGUCUCCCCCGUCCCGUUCGGCGCAUGUGCAUGCUUUCAUGGGCUGGUUCCCGUUCCUCUUCUACUCGACGACUGCUGCCGAAACUGGCCGACCGCGACCGCCGACUGCUGAAGCCGACCGAGGCUCUCGAGGACGAGGCCGAGACGCCGGUCGAGUCGCCAGAGAGCGCACAGCGCGACCAGGUCGCUGCGGCCGAGACGGCCCGCGUGCGCGAGCUCGUGCGCAUGUGGAAGGCGGACGCGGCGCGAGACGGGCGUCCGCUGAAGUUGCCGAGAAUGCCCUUCAUGCUGCGCAACGUGUGGACGUUUGCGCUCGUGCUCUUCUUCGUCCUGAUGAUGUCUACGUUCUUCAUCACGACCGUCUGGCAGGCGACCGUCAUGAUUGCGCUCGUGGGCAUCUGCUGGGCCGUAGCGUGCUGGGUGCCCUUCGCGAUGAUGAUGGAGUUCCUGAAGGAGCUCGAGCCCCGCCCUACACCGCCUGCUGGGCCUGCUGGGUCGGGCGUCUCCCAGACCGUGUCCUACGGCACGAUGGAGAGUCCCGGCGGCUCGUUGCGGAGUACGCGCAGCCACCCCGAGUCGCCCACCAGGGCGAGGCCGGGACUCAAGAACAGGAGCUACUCGGCUACAGACCUCGAAGGCGCCGGACAGGAGUAUAUCACCCACGGCCCCGUGGCCGGCGGCACGAUUAUGGGCAUCCACAAUUUGGCCAUUGUGCUGCCGCAGUUCAUUGUCGCGAUCGUCGCCUCGGUCAUCUUCCGCGUCGCGGACGGGGAUCCCGACUCGGACCCCGGACUCGAGAACAAGACGGGCGUCGCGUGGGUGCUCCGCUUUGGCGGGCUUAUGGCGCUCGUUGGGGCGUUGAUCUGUCGUCGCGUGCCGCCGACGAGGACCGAGAAGGCUAUGCGGAGACGACUGGCCGAGAUGCGCGAGGAGGUCGAGGACCCGGAGCCCGAGGAGCGGCCCUAUGAGGACGAGGUCGACUAG